AUGACUUCACUGACGGGGGUGUCACUGGAGGAAUUGGCGCGUCUCGGGGGCUAUAAUUUACUCACGCUGCCGGCCGAAUUUGCGCCUAUGAAACUCCGCCUCCCGGUAUGUUUUGUAGCUACAAUUACCAUUUUGGGUCGAUUUGCUGCCCCGGUGCGCGACGUGUUUGUCGAUCCCGGCCAUCUGAAAAUGGCAAUGCGAAUCUACGACCAUUUCGCCCGGUCGGUGCUCGCCGCCCUUCGAGAGCCCGAUCGAAUCCAGAUGACGGUUGGCCGGGUUUCGCCGCAAGAUUACGUCAAGGUCAAGGCCAUUGGGCUGGCACUGCUGGCCCUGACGAACACCAUGCAGCUGCACCUCAUCUGUGGAGUGAUUGGCCUCAGCGCCCUGCUCCUGCAUGAAACGCAGCGCCUAGCGCAGGAGGAGGCUCCGCGCUCUGUCAACAAUGAGAAUGGACGGCGGACGGGUGGUGGCCCGGGACCGCUGACGCUGGACCGGCUGGGUCGCGUGCUCGGGCCGUUGCUCACGGGGAGAGAGGGGUCUGGCGACACGUUCGGAUCUAUCGCCCAGGAGAUUGAGCGCGAACGAGUGGUGGUGAUGCUCGUGGAGCACUGGCGAGGGAUCAGUCGUCAGCUGCGCAUCUGGGAACAUCGCAACCUGCCGAGGCGGCGGCGGCGAUCCGCCCAAAUGGGACGUGCAAUGAUCUCCUCCAAGGAAGUGUGUUGCUGAGGCGAUUCUGAGGAUCGGGGGAUAUUUCCGGGGGCAGAUGAAUGUUUGCUGGUCGGACGAUACUUGUAGAAAGAAAAGUCAGGGCGAUAGAAAGUUUGGUAUGAAGUCAUCGGGGAUCCGCAUCAGGGGAGGAUGGGCGACGCUAGUGGAAUGGGGGUGUGAGCAAAGGUACCCAUAGAGUCAGUACUUUGGGCCGCCGCCGUAUCUCGCCUUUAUGCUAUUUUAUUUUUUUUUUCUUGUUGC